UGAGUACGUAUCGUUAUCACCGGUCUGUUGACACAGAAAUUUGUGUAAACCUUUCUUAUUACAUAUCUUUAUCUCAAAUUUUCUUGUUCUGUAGUAGAUUAUUAAUAACACCGGAUAAUUAUGUCAUGAUAAUUUACCCGAUCCUACAUGGAGACUGUAGGAAAAACGCCUCAAACGAGGUUUUCUUUGUUGAAACUGUGUUUAUGUACAUGUAUAUUUUUGAGUCAAUGGGAGUGUGUCACAGCAGCUGAAGGAAAGAAAAAUGAAACAAACAGUGAAAGAUAUCCUCUGGUUGUUUUUGAUUUUGAGAGAGUGGAGCUACCUUUUGUUAUCUGCUGCUGGGUCCUGAUAGCAAGUUUAGCUAAAAUCGGUUUUCACCUGCACAGCAAGUUACCUACAGUGGUUCCGGAGAGUUGUUUGUUAAUCGUCCUUGGUCUUAUUGUUGGCUGUAUACUACACUAUGGUCGAGUCGCCACAACGUCCGAGUACGUCCUGGAUGCAAAUAUCUUCUUCAUCUACCUUCUACCGCCUAUCAUCUUCGAUGCUGGAUACUUUAUGCCUAUACGAUCUUUCUUCGACAAUGUUGGAUCUGUUCUCUUACUUGCUGUGGUCAACACAGCUUUCAAUACCGUAUGCAUUGGAUUCUCUCUGUUUGCAGUCUCGUACUGGGGAUGGAUAGGUCGAUCUAUAAGCCUGCUGCAUUGUCUUAUCUUCAGUGCCCUAAUUUCUGCUGUUGAUCCUGUAGCUGUGAUCUCGGUGUUUGAGGAAGUCCAUGUCAAUCAGAUGCUUUACAUCAUCGUGUUCGGUGAAAGCUUGCUCAACGAUGGAGUUACAGUGGUACUUUAUCACAUGAUGGAAGGUUUCAUAGAGCUAGGAGAACAAAAUAUCAUUGCUAUUGACGUAGUAACGGGUAUUGGUUCAUUUUUCAUCAUCGCCCUCGGAGGCUCGCUCAUUGGUAUCCUGUUUGGACUUUUCGGAGGUUUCAUCACGAAGUUUACCGAUCAUGUGAAAGUCAUCGAACCACUGUUUGUUUUUGUCCUUGGCUACCUCAUGUAUCUCACCUCCGAAAUGAUGCAUCUUUCCGGCAUUCUAGCAUUAUCAUUUGGAGGUAUUGUUCUUCGUCAUUACAUGGAGCACAAUGUCUCGAAGAAGACUGCAGUCACCAUUAAAUACUUCAUGAAGAUGCUUGCAAACAUCUCAGAGACUGUGAUCUUUAUGUUCCUUGGACUGUCUACUAUUGUUGACACAUUAGACUGGAACCUUGCAUUUAUUUUCUUUGCUUUGUUUUUCUGUCUCUUCUUCAGGGUAAUAGGUGUGAUAAUAUUGUCUUGGUUUUUGAAUCGCCGACGUCUGGUAAAGUUAACGAAGAUAGAUCAGUUCAUCAUGGCCUACGGAGGUCUGAGAGGCGGUAUCGCAUUUUGUCUUGCUCUCUCAUUGGAGGAAGAAUUAGUUCCAGAGAAACGACUGUUUGUCACAGCAACCAUCAUCAUUGUGUUCUUUACAGUAUUUGUUCAGGGUAUAUCAGUGAAACCAGUUGUAAAUGCACUGAAAGUGAAAAGACAAGCAGAAGAGGAUCCUAGUCUCAAUGAGAAAAUACAUGAAACUAUGAUUGAUCACCUAAUGGCAGGUCUGGAGGAAGUGGUAUCCAGUUCAUCCCAUAAUCUUAUGAGGACAAGGUUCCGACGCUUUAAUCACAAGUACAUUCAACCACUUCUUUCGAAAGAAAAGGCGAAACCUAAGGCUGCCAAGAUCGUUAAGGUUUAUCAUGAAUACAGUGAACAAGACGCUCUCAAGAAUACUAAUGCGUCUAACUUGAAACUGGUUGCAGGGUCAAGUGCCAGUCUGUAUGAAGACCAUAAGAGAGCGCUUAUUCAAUGCAGUCCCAUAAUGCAAUCCCAGACAGAUCAGGAAACAGUCACGCUGCAGAAAGCUCUCAGAGCUGGAAAACCUCCUGGGUGGCAGAUGAAUAGACGACACACGAUUGGCGAAUCAGUUGAGUCCAUAGAUCGUGUUGUGUAUCACAAGAAUAGUAGAAGCAGACAGACACCUGAACAGACAAAAGAACAAACAGGACAGCAUUUGAAACCAAUCCUUACUAAUGGUGGUGUUGCUAAAAAAACAAGUCGAUCAGAUAGUAUGACAUCAGACAGUGAUCUGGCUGCCGUGACAAUCAACUUUACACCAAGCACAAAAGAUUCUGCCGUUAUUGACACAUCUGUACAUCUAUCUACUACUAUCGAUGUCUCCCCGCAACCCUCGACAAAUUAUGAUAUCUCCCCGAUUGAAGAAACUGUGGCUGAAAAAACACUCCCCUGGCAAGACAACACAGAUCCAUCCCCCACCCACCUAGCAGACAGCGUCCCAAACAACGAACCUGUGAUCGCCCAUGUACCCACAUGGGUAAAUAAUUUAUCAUACUCACAUAUUACAGAGACUGGAUCUCCGUAUGUUUCCCCACAAACGACUCUCAUUCACAGACCGUCAGAUUAUCAUAAAACGGUGUAUUCUAUAUUUCCGUCAAAUGACAGCAAAGAAGAUGAAGAAUCUAGUAAACAAAACGGUGUAAAUUCUAGUGAUUAUUUUCCAACACCUUGGGGUAACCUUGAAGACUGUCCCCAGGUGUCACCUAUGGUUAUAGAAUCUGGUGCAAGAUCAGAUGAUUUGCUACAUUCCACUCAUACCCAACAAGCUCCAGAUCAUCAUCAUGUGAUAGUCCCCACUAUUGAACUAAUCAACUCAUCAAAUAGUUCAGAAAAAAAUGUUGCUCAUUUGACUGCCGUUGCGUCUGCUCCAGAUUUUCAACACUGGAAACCUCUUCAAAAAGGAGUUUUAAAUGAUAUGGAGAGACAUAACGAGUCUGACACAAUGUUAUCGGAACUGGCAUUUGUUGAAGGUGUAAAAAGUCGUGUACAAGAAUGGUUGAAACAAGCAAACGAUGAUGAAGAGAAUGAUGCAGAUGAAGAAGAUGCAGAUACUGCAGAUAAUCUUGAUUCUGCAGAAGAUCUUGAACAUGAACUAGAUCUCGCCAUGAACGCAAAACGAUAACGUUGGAUUAUAUUUAGGUUAAAUUUCCCUCUAAAUGUUGAAUUUCUCAAAAAUUGCCUUUUAUUUCUUGAUGCCAUAUUAUAGGACACCUGGAAUAUGGCCUGUUUUACCUUUGUUUAUCGUCUUUUAUUUAUUCGGUGUAAAGUAGUUACCCUACAUGACCUGUGCAUUGUAAAAGCAGUGAUUUUCACGAAGCAGAAGUUUCAUCAAAUCAAUUUUUUAUUCACAAUAUCAAAAUGCUAGCAGUCUGAUUUUAUUUUCAUGUGUCUGUUUCGCAAGGAUGUUAGAGAUGCUUUUACAUAAUCACGGG